CAGCGGAUCCUGUCAGUCACCGUGGGGACUGAAGCAGCACGUCCCGUUGUUUUCUGUCCGAGUUCGACCCAAAGGUUCGCCAAUCUUCACGUCGGACAUCGUGACGUUUAAGUCUGAUCCGGAAUGGAAGCUGCUGCGGAAUUCAAUCAAACAUGACUUCCAGCGCCGUCCUGUUCACUGUCCUGCUACUCUCCGCUUCGCUGGUCCUCGGAACCGGGACAGGUGCCGUCGGGCCAGUCGGCGUGAUCCCGAACCCCUCAGUAACCAUGGCGUUCCAGAACACCAACGACGAGUGUGACACGGUGAUGAGCCUGAACGCUUCCGACCGCUGCAGGUUCGUGCGCCACACUCCCGACUGUUUAAUGGAGGACGGCUUCAUCAACUAUCUCGUGGAGGCGUUCUGCCUGCUGCCAUACAGCUACACCCCCCUGACCAUCACUCUGAGUCUCAUCUGGCUGCUGGUUCUGUUCAUUAUUCUUGCACUCACUGCGUCCAAAUUCUUCUGUCCAAAUCUGUCGGCCAUCUCCACCAGCCUGCGCCUCACCCACAACGUGGCCGGCGUGACCUUCCUGGCGCUGGGCAACGGAGCUCCGGACGUCUUCAGUGCCGUCGUGGCGUUUUCCCACCCGCACACCGCCGGCCUGGCCGUCGGAGCGUUGUUUGGCGCCGGGAUCUUCGUGACCACGGUGGUCGCUGGCAGCGUGGCGCUGGUCCAGCCCUUCACCGUCGCCUCCCGUCCGUUCCUGAGGGAUGUUGUCUUCUACAUGGCUGCAGUGUUUUGGACCUUCGUGAUCCUGUUCCGGGGAACCACCACGCUGGUGGAGACGCUGGGCUACCUGGGUCUGUAUGUGGUGUACGUGCUGACCGUCAUCAUCAGCGCCUACAUCUACAAGUGCCAGAAGAACUCCCUCCAGAACGCAGUCGAUGUUUCAGGGGCCUCAGACACGUGCGACUCCACAGAUGACGUGCCCUGCCUGAUCCCGGGGACCAUCCAUGAGGAGUACGAGGCAGAGUACCAGCCGCUCAUCUCAGACUCCACCAGUCACAUCCUGCUCAGCUCUCUCAACCCAGUGGACCACAUGAAGUGGAGGAGGAAGCCCUGGAGCUGGAAGCUUCUGAAAGUGGUGAAGACUCCCCUGGAGAUUCUGUUGCUGCUCUGCAUCCCCGUGGUGGAUCCGGACAAGAGCGACAAGAACUGGAGACGCCCUCUCAACUGCCUCCACCUGCUCACCUCGCCACUCGUCUGUCUGUUCUGCUUCCAGUCUGGAACGUAUGGAACCUACAUGAUCAACCAGCAGUUCCCCGUCUGGCUCCUCACCCUGCUCCUGGGACUUUUCCUCUCCGCCAUCGUCUUCUUCUCCACCACCAACGAGCGACCACCCCGAUAUCACCCGCUGUUUUCCGUCCUGGGAUUCCUGGUGAGCGCAGUGGUGAUCAGCGCAGCCGCCACAGAGGUGGUGGGUCUGCUGCACAUGCUGGGUGUGGUGCUGGGCCUCAGCAACACUGUGCUGGGACUGACCCUGCUGGCCUGGGGCAACAGCAUCGGAGACUGUUUCUCUGACAUCACAAUCGCGCGCCAGGGUUACCCUCAGAUGGCCAUCUCUGCCUGCUUCGGAGGGAUCAUCUUCAACAUGCUGUUCGGUGUGGGUUUAGGAUGUCUGGUGCAGAUGAUCAAGACACAAUCCGGAGUGGAGUUCGAGUCAGAGGGACAGAUCACCUGGAUCCUAGCUGGAGCACUUGGUUCCUCUCUGGUUCUGUCUUUCGUCAUUGUUCCGCUCUGCCGCUUCAGGCUGACCAAGAUCUACGGGAUAUUUCUGCUCGUCUUCUACGCCAUGUUCCUCCUGAUCGCGAUGCUGGAUGAGUUUGUUUUGGACAAAUAAUCCAGCUGAAGUGAGCAGGAAGCUGAUGCUCAGUUUUGUUUACUUCCUGGACCAUGUGAAGCCAAACAGACUGGAUUUUACCUUCUCAGGAAGAGCUGAAACCAAUGUGCCUUUCUUUGUCUGUUUAUAGUCUAUUUAAAGUGUAUAAUGUAAAUAAAAUCCU